GUGCUGACGGUAGCGUCACCUUUUCGCGAAGUUUCCGGCCUGGAUGUAUUUGUAUGUUUCCCUGGACGAUCGUAUGCCUCUUUGUCGCGACAGCGCUUGUAGCAGCCGGUGACAACUUGAGUCCUCGAGCCCGACGCCGGAGGGCGAGAUGAACGCGCUGACCUCCCGAGCCGUCCGAACCUGCGAACGCUUGUGGCAACCUCAGCCGGCGCUGCUGCCUCCGGGUUGACGCGCAGUCCAGAGCUGCCCAGACAGAUGGCUCCAGGGCGAAUACCCCAUCAACCUGCCCCCUGGAGUGGUACCCACCCCUUCUUCCUCCUGUCCCCACUGAUGGGCCUUCUCAACCGGGCCUGGAGCCUCCUGAGGGGCCCAGGACCUCCAGAGCCCUGGCUAGUGGAAGCAGUAAUCGAAGCAGAUCAGGGAGGAGCUGGCCUGGAGGAUGAAGCAAAGGCUUCUCUGGCCACCUACCAUGCCCCCUGGGGCAGGCACCCUCCAGAGGAGACCGAAGACAGUGGAGCAGCUGAGGAGGACGGAGAAGCCUCCCCGGGGGCCUGCCCUGACCUGGAAGCCAAGCAUUCUCUUCCCGAAGUCUGGGGACUUUCCGAUGAUGAUGAUGAAAAGUACAGUGGGGAAGAAGCAACUGGUGUCCCUAGAGAGCAGGAAGAAUUUAUGGAUGGCCAGCCUGCUCCCCUGCCCCUCAGCCUUCUGAUAAGAUCUCUACCAGACCUUCCUGGGGAGAAGGAAUCUAAGGAAGAAGCGGUUACUGGAGGUAACGAAGUGACCCGGUUCUCUUUUCCUCUGUCACACUGGGAGUGUUGCCCAGGGGAGGAGGAAGAGGAGGAGGAGAAGGAUGGAGAAGCUCUUAGGGUGUGCGGCCCGGUGAAUGGAGCCACAGAAGAAAGAACAGAGACUGAAGCAGCCACGAAGACCUCCAUGUACCCCUCAUCUGUAGGCUCCCACCUCAGGGCCUGGGAAUGUUGUUUGGGAGAGGAGCCUGAGGAGGAGGAGAAGGACAGACAGGCUGGGAAAGGAGAUGCUGACCCAGGGCCACACUCCACAAGUCUAGCCCAGAGGCCCUCCCUCAGGACCUGGCAGCAUCCAUCCAGUGCGAUCACAGAGGAGGAGGAGAAGGAGGAGGACUGUGAUUCAGAGGAAAUGGGGGCUUCCUCUUCCGUCCCACCCACAAGUGCCUUCCUGAGCGCCUGGGUGUAUCGACCAGGAGAAGACACGGAGGAGGAGGAGGACUGUGAUUCAGAAGCAACUGAAGAUGAGGGAGAAGCCGAGGUCUCCUCUGCCAUCCCACCCACAAGUGCCUUCCUGACCGCCUGGGUGUAUCAACCAGGAGAAGACACGGAGGAGGAGGAUGAAGAGGAGGAGGACUGUGAUUCAGAAGCAACUGAAGAUGAGGGAGAAGCCGAGGUCUCCUCUGCCAUCUCUCUGAAAAGUUCCUUCCUGAGUGCCUGGGUGUAUCGACCAGGAGAGGACACAGAGGAAGAGGAGGACUGUGAUUCAGAAGCAACUGAAGAUGAGGGAGAAGCCGGGGUCUCCUCUGCCAUCCCACCCACAGGUGCCUUCCUGAGCACCUGGGUGUAUCGACCAGGAGAAGACACGGAGGAGGAAGAUGAGUAUGAGGAUGAAGAUCAUGAAUCAGGAGCAGCUGACUUGGGACCCAGCCCCUCCCUUCAGACCCAGAGUGCCCUCCUCAGGGACCAGAUUUAUCAGCCUGAAGAGAAAACAGAUGGAGGGGAAACUCCUGAGAAGUGGGGAGAAGCUGAGCCCUGCCCCUUCCGAGUGGCCAUCUAUCUACCUGGAGAGAAGCCCCCACCUCCCUGGGCUCCUCCUCGGCUGCCCCUCCGACUGCAAAGACGGCUCAAGUCUGCACAAACCCCCACCAGGCAUCUGGACCUUGAACCUCUCCCGAAGACCAGAAAGGUGCGCUUCUCUGAGAAGGUCUCCGUCCAUCCCCUGGUUGUCUGGGCAGGACCGGCCCAGGCCGCCCGCAGAGGCCCCUGGGAGCAGUUUGCCCGGGAUCGAAGCCGCUUCAGCCGACGCAUCGCCCAGGUCCAAGAGGAGCUGGGUCCCUACCUCACCCCUGCUGCCCGGGCCAGGGCCUGGGCACGUCUCGGGAACCCUCCCACUUCCCUGGCCACCGUCCCUGUCCCUACCCGGACCUCGCCGAUGUCCCCCCUCCAGGCCACACCCUUAAGCCGUGCUCUGGCUUCUCCCUCCCCUCCCUGUUUGUCUCCUUGCCUAGACCUCAGUGGGAGGCGUGGCUAAUGUGAAGUAGUUCUUGUGUUAACUAUUUAUUUAUUUGACUGUUGGUUUAUAUGAUGAAUAAAGCUUUUUGUAAUAAGCA